CGGCGGGGAGCUGCUGGCACAGGCGGCGGACGCCCGCACUUGGCCCCUCCCCUCACAGGAAGGGCGAGUGGGGGGAGGGGCUGGCACGGCGCGGAUCGCGCUUGUUUAGUUGUCUCCGCCCUCGGCGCUCGCUUGUCCCUAGCGCGGCCCCGUACGGCGCCCUCAACUCUUUCGGCCUGUCAUGGAAGGUGCCGGGGCCCGCUCGGAGACCCUGCGCUACGUAGAGUACGCGAGGGUCCCUGGCGGCGGCAGGCAGGGUGAGCCCGACACGGACAGGGGGCUGGCCAGAACUAUGAUGGCAGUUGGCCUGGGUGUUGCAGCUGUUGCAUUUGCAGGUCGCUAUGCUUUCCAGGUCUGGAAACCACUGGAACAAGUAUUCACAGAAACAGCAAAGAAGAUUUCAACCUCUAGUUUCUCAUCAUACUAUAAAGGAGGAUUUGAACAGAAAAUGAGUAGACGAGAAGCUAGUCUUAUUUUAGGCAUAAGUCCAUCUGCUGACAAGGCCAAGAUUAGAACAGCUCAUAGGAGAAUCAUGAUUUUGAAUCACCCUGAUAAAGGUGGAUCUCCAUACUUAGCAACAAAAAUAAAUGAAGCAAAAGAUUUGUUAGAAUCCAGCACCAAAAAUUAAUGUCCAAGGACUUCUGUGAUAGAACUUUUUAUAUAUUCCUUUCUACUGGAAAUCCUGUAGAUAUAUUGUGCAAUAGCUGCGUGCUGCUCUAUAUAGUUGCAUAACACUGGAUCAAAUAUUCAGUUAUCUAUCUUCAUUAUUAAAGAUCUAAGACUAUUUAAAAAGCAAACUGAUACAUUUUACAAUAAGUCUCAUUUCUAGUAUUUUUUUCCCCCUCAAUCUGUUUUGACUCUUUGGAAGCAUUGAAGCUGGUUCUUCAUUGACUGUUCUUUAAAAAUGGUUUAUUACAGGUUUGUGCAAUAGGGCUGGACUUCUGGAACUUAUUUUUUUAAAAUGGAAACAUUUGUCUGUAUUAUAAUAUAGGCUUUAUUUAUAUAUUUAUUUAUUGAUAAUGGUGAUACUGUAUAGCGCUGUCACUUGAAGUGGCUCUAGAAGGUAAAACUGAAAGGCUUGCCACAUGUUGGAUUCCUUUCUUUUGAUGUGCAGCAUAGAUGCCAUUUCAAAGUUGCUGGUUGGGACGAAAUGACUUGAAGAUUACGCCAAAAUGCUGGUUUCCUUAUCUCUGUAUUUGAGGGACGUAGAAGUGUAAAGGAGAAUAUCGGCCUGAUUUUUAAAAAUUUUUUUUUUUAAGGUGCUUAGACCUUUUCCAUGUUAAGACCGCUUUGAGAAAGAUAGCUUUCCUUAAACUCACUGUCUGUUUAUGCCUCACUGCACUGCUGGCCUUUGGGAAAACCAGUGCCACAACUCCCUUUGUGAGGACUCGAGAUCAGUUUACAAAUAUAUGGGGCAGUGGCAUUCAAGAUUCAUUCAUGGUACUAGUGUGACUGUAGGUUCCCCCUCAAUCAGCUGCCUGCAACCAAGCUAACUCUUCUGAGUAGCCCGCGUUACCUCUUCCCACAAGGAGGAGCAACAGAAUUCCAUGAGACGUCAUCCUAGAAGAUUAAGAACAGGAGAUUCCUGUUUUCUAAUUCAGCACUGACUAGCAUCCCUUUUGUGACCAUGGUCAACUUAUUUAAUUGUUAUGCCUUAGUUUCUCUAUAAAAUACUAGCCAGAGGGAAGAGAGUUGGGACAGUUACUGUUGGUAACAUGUAAUGUGGUAACAUUCAGUAGAAUACAGAGUGCCUAAUGGCCCCUUGGUAUCCAUCUUACUUGGACAGUUUGUUCCUGGGAGAACUCUUGGUUUUUGUUUUUGUUUUUUUUUAAAUAUUGGCAGCUGGCCACAACCCUCCACAGCUGGGCUCCACUUCUGUAACUAGAGGCUCUGGGGUGUCUUGUCUUCCCAUUCUUACCUAGAUACACACACUUUGUGUUAAAAUGUGUCAAUUAAGCAGAACACAGCCCCAUUAUACUAAUCUUCCUCAAAAUCCUUAGAUUAGUCCUCUAUGUAGCACAGUGAUCAUGGUUAAUAGGAGUCUGAUGAUGGGGAAGAGUGUGAAACUGUUUUGCCAGCCCACCCAAAAAAAUGCUAAGGCCAGCUUUGAAAGAAACCUUGAAGGUUAGGUCAUCUAGUCAUGCUUCCUGCCAGUCACAGAUGCAGGAUGUGUACGAGACUGCAUGGAUUAACUUAGAUCAAUGUGAUGAAAAUCAUGAUUUAAAUCACCAAGUCAAAAGCCUCAAUUUAAAUAAUCGAUUUUAAUAAUUUUUCCAUUUCUACUUGUUUUCUAAAGAGAGGUGCAUUUUUAUUGGUUGGUAUAACGAUUAAAACAUGUUGAUUUACAAA